AUGGCCCGUUCUGCGCCCGCCCCCAUCCUGCUGAGAGGAGGUACAGUUCUUCAAUACGACGCGAACGAUCAAGCGCAUGUCUUGAAGAACACCGACUUGCUGGUCCAAAAUGGACUGAUUGCCAAAAUCGGUAAAGGGUUGACCACUCCGCCGGAAACCAAAAUCAUCGACUGUCAAGGAAAACUGAUCUCGCCGGGCUUCGUGGACACACACCAUCAUGUAUGGCAGACACAGUUGAAGGGUAGACAUUCAGACGAUACUCUCCUGGAUUAUACGGCAAAAGGUAACUGGCAACCAUUCAACUACACGGCCAAAGAUGUAUUCUGGGGCGAGAUGGGAGGCCUGAUGGAAGCGGUGGACGGCGGAACGACAUGUGUCGUCGACCACGCGCACAUGGCAUAUUCGCCCGAACAUGCUCUGGCAGGAUUCUCCGCCACCGUCACCACGGGCAUCCGAUCCGUCUUCUGCCUAGGUCUCACGCCGCGUAUUGACAAAUGGGACGACAACGAAGUUGUGCCCAAUCCAGAACUGAUACCGGAAUGGUUCCUGCCUACACUACGAGACCUGUCUGUCCGAGCAGGGCGCCUUUCCCUUUCCAAUAACAGGAUAUCUAUCGGGUUGGGAUUCGACUCCUAUACCCUGCCUCGGGAAGACAUAGUUCGUUUCUUCACCGGAGCUCGGGAAGCGGGAGCUAAGAUCAUCACAUCCCAUUGGCGCCGAAACAACAUUGCCGGAACUGGUCUCUCUGUACCAGAGGCGCUGGAACAAUACGGACUCUUGGGAUCUGAUAUCAUCCUGUCCCAUGCCACCGGGUCAACAGAAGAUGAACUUCAGCUCCUAAAAAGCGCAGGCGCAUAUAUCUCUGCCACUCCGGCCACGGAAUCCCAGAUGGCGCACGGGGAAGUUGUGGGAUUCCGAAAGGAUGUGCUUGGCUCAAUUGGUGCUGACUGUCAGUCCAAUAAUCCCGGAUCGCUCUUACAUUCAAUGCAAGUCGGCCUGGCCGUAUGUCGCUCCCACCGCAACUCGCGCAUUCUCUCGAGCGGGAAGUUCCCCAAGGAAGUCGAGCCCACAACGCUCCAUGCCUUCAACUUGGCAACAAUCCACGGAGCUCGUGCCAUAGGCGCAGCGGAUAAAUUGGGAAGCCUGACAGAGGGCAAAGCGGCCGAUAUUGUCGUGUUCGACACCGAUACCCCUGCCGUGUGCUGUGCUGUCGAGUAUGAUCCUGUCGUUGCGAUUGUGAGACAUGCUACGGUUCGGGAGGUCAAUACUGUCAUUGUGGGCGGCUCGAUUCUCAAGGAAGAAGGUCGAUUGCUUGAUGUGCAUCUUGAUCUUGAUCUGGUGGACUCUUGGAAGGGCAGUGAAGAAGCUAGUUCCCACGGAGGAAGUCGUCUCUCUUGGGGCACGGUGCUGAAUCAGCUAAGGUCGACGCAGGAGGAGAUUCAAAAGCGUAUUGACGGGUGUAAUUUGGAUGUCGCUAAAGAGAAGAUCCUUCAUAUGUGGGGAGCGAAGAAUGGAAAUGAAAUCUUGGUGUAA